GCAAAGUUUCUACUGUAAGAAAAAAAGAUGUUGCGUAGAGUAAAUAAUAAUAAAGUGUGCAUGUAAAGUUAAGUAAACAGACAAGCAGCACUGUUUUGUUCUUGGAUUUUAAUUUUAACCGUAAAACCCUGUAUAUACGCGCACCCCAGAUUCUACCGCUUUGACAAUGUUGUUCUUCCGGAAGUCGCAUGUUUUCAAGGCAACAUUUCCUUCAUUUAAUAUGGUACUCUGCACUGAUAGACCAAGCUACCGUUGGUAUAUAUAUAUAUAUGCGCUUUUGGUGAUGCAAAAACUUUUGUUUCCGUUUGUUCAAACAAGAGUAGAUUGGAUUUAAAUGAUUUACCGUAUUUGUUGUUUGACGUUUCUUGUAGCUCUUGUCACGUGACUAAGCUAGGAUAAGAGUCUUGUGUUUUGCGUUGUGAAUUAUUUCGUGCUCCCGUGACCUUAUUUAUUUAUUUAUUUAUUUAUUAAGUAUUGCUUUUUUCACGCUAUACAAAAGAAUUUCAAACCAGCUUAAUGUACAUGGUGUGUAAAAUGCCAGUCUUUGGUGGAGGUAAAAACAAGAGUCUUUUGUAUUUCCUGUCGAGAAGUUAGACGACUAACAUGAAGAAAUUUAUCAUCGGAUAUUUAGCUUUUUGUACCAAUCACGGUCAAGCAAGAUGUCACUCUAAGAUGGCUUGUAAAAAUGACAGCUCUCAAGUGAAGGCUUGCCUCGAUCACUCAGACAUGGCCGGGGAAAGCAGAGCAGGAACGAGCCGAGAGACAACGGACAGCUCAUCCCCGAAACAAAGGCACAGUCAGUCCUCCGGUAAUGAGGCCACCGACUCGAGGCAAAAACCAGGGGCUGAAGCACGGUCAGGAGAUACACGGGAUGAGGGAAAGCUGAAGAGCACACCUGAGUGCCACAUGCAGCUGGACAAACUGUCUGCAAACAGGCAACACACAGUGCUUAUAGAUAUAAAGGAAUUUUAUGCUGGCAGAAUAGUUCCAUAUAAGGGAAAGCACGUUUGGGACAGCAAGCAUGUGAAAUUACCCCAACAUUAUCCACCGAAUGCCAUGGAGCCUCGCUGGGCAGUCACAGAUAGAGCUCUGAAAAAACUUACGCAAAGGGGUGCUUCAGUAGGAGAUGUAGAGGGGGCCAUUAAAAUGUACAAUCCAGCCCACAAUAAGGACUGGAGUUUCGAAGCCCUUUACACAUAUGUAGAGAGAUUACCAAAGCUGGAGAACAAUUUUUCCCAUUUGAUCUCAAAAAUGGCCAAACUGGCACUGAAACUGCCUGAGCUCAUCCAACAUCCCAUCCCUUUGCUGAGGCAGAACUGCAGCCACACCAUAACGAUGUCCCAGGAGCAAAUCUCCUGCCUGCUGGCCAAUGCUUUCUUCUGCACCUUUCCCCACAGAAACACACGUCAUGCCGGCAGUGAAUACGGCAAUUUCCCCACCAUCAACUUCAGCAGCCUGUUUGCUGUUAGGUCUCCACGGACGUUGGAGAAGCUGAGAGCCCUUUUUCACUACUUCAACACUGUAACCGAAGAAGCCACCAAACCAAUUGGACUGGUCACUUUUGAAAGAAUUUGCCUUCACCCCUCUAAGUGGCCUGAAUGGAAUAAGCAGAUGGAAAAUAUGACCAACCUCCGUGUGUAUUCGAAAGGCUUGAUCGAGAGGGAGGGUCAAGGCAUGCUGCAGGUGGAUUUUGCCUCCAAGUUUGUGGGUGGAGGAGUGCUCGGGCAAGGACUGGUACAGGAAGAGAUUCGCUUCAUACAGUGCCCUGAACUGAUUGUGGCCAGGCUCUUUACUGAAAAACUGGCUGACAACGAAUGCCUGAAGAUCACAGGCGCCCAGAUGUACAGCAAUACGUCCGGCUACAGCGAUAACUUUGAGUGGCACAGCCCCCAUACAGACAGCACCGAAAGGGAUGAAUGGAAACGGCGUUACUGUCAGAUUGUUGCCAUUGAUGCUUUGAAUUUUGCUGACCCAAGACAGCAGUUCACUGAGAAAAGCAUAAAACGAGAGCUCCUCAAGGCGUACGUCGGCUUCAAGGAGGAUUCUAACAUUCCUUCUGAAUACACUCCUGCUGUUGCAACUGGCAACUGGGGAUGCGGAGCUUUUAAAGGUGAUCCAAUGCUCAAAGCUCUUAUCCAGAUGAUGGCUGCAGCUGUGGCUAAGCGAGACUUGGCCUACUUCACCUUUGAAAAUAGGAAGCAGGCAGAGGACCUGCAGAGAAUGCAUGAGUUACUGAAGAGUCAAAAGAUGACUGUGGGCAAGUUAUACAAUCUGCUGCAGGACUACUGUAGGUAUUACAGUCAUCAUCAUCAUAAAGCAAAGAAUGUGUUUGACUACAUCAGCGAGAAGAUGUGUGUUCGCCCCAGUCAGCUGUGAAAGCCUGCAGUUCUUGGGAAGCAGUACAUUAAAUCAAUACUGUAUUUCUCUUAAUGUAGAAACUGUAAAUGGUGUUCAAUUCUGGUGUCAGGGUAUACAUUUAACCGCAGCAGAAACUUAAAUGAAAAUAUUGUCUUUGGUGUGAAGCACUUUAUAAAACUGUUUUCAUGGGAUUUUCAUUACAAAAAAAAAAAUGCAGGGUAGAUAUUUCUUUUAAUAAGUAAUGUCAAUUUGUUUUGGAAAUUAAAAUUAAAUUCCUUUAAUUGCACCAUUGUGCACAUACAGUUUAUGAAGAGAAGGAAUAAAAAUCUCAAUGAAACCAA